AUGCAACAAGGUGAUCGACAUAUUCUUCUUCUUCUAGAUGGUACAAUGUCACAUGCAACUGAUGAUUUAAAACUUACUAAUACAAAAUAUACCAUUGACUGUGAUGAGGCUGGUGAGACUAAAAUAUAUAAAGUUGAUCAAUUAACAGCAAUCUUUUAUGAGAUUCGCUUAGAUAAUAAAGUUGUUGAUAAUUUAAAUAAUUCAAUAGAAAUCCUAUCACCCUGUCACCCUAUGAGCCUUGAAAAUUUUACAAGUCCACAAGAAGAGAUUAACUUGAUGCAUCAAGAAUUCACUGAUAUUGAGAUGCUAGAAGUAUCAGCACCAGCAGAAGAAGAUAAUGAAGACAAUUCAUCAGAUGAUAAUUCUCCUCCCACUACUCUUUCAAACAAAGCAAAGCUUGAAGCUAUUCGUAAUGUAAUUAACCUUUUUAAUAAAACUGCUUAUAAUCAAAACCACAACAUAGUGCAUCGGGCAUUGCGUGCAUUAUAG